UUCUUUGUAUUAUGCAUGUAUGAAGUGCAAAUGUAUGAAUCCGUGUAAAUAGCCAAAAUUUCUCACGGUGGGGAAAAACUUUAAAGAGUUAUUUCAAAUAAGUUUUUACGUUUGAUAGACAGUUUGUUUUUAUAAUGCUAUGGUUUUUUUUUAUUCAACAUGUUGAAUCAAUUGGACUUUGGUAGAAAAUAUUCGUACAAUACUAACUAAAACUGAAUAGUUUGCACAUUUCCAUUCGUUUCAAAAUUGAUGUGUUUGUAGUUAUUGUGUAUUUUAUUGAUGAAAUAUAAGCUAAAAAAUGUUUUGAACGAAUAUAUCAAAUUAUUAUAUGAAUAAACUUUCAUCGAAUAGGAUUCAAUUUUCAAUUAUAAACGUUAAAAUGAGUUCUUUUAUUCUACUGUGCUUUUUUUGUUUAAGUUCAAUUAUGUUCAUAUUGGCUCAGGAAUGUCCCCUUAGCCAACAUGAAUCAUUCUCAAAAAGAGAUGCUUCAAGUGGCGAAACGGACGAAACAGUUUCUAGGAACAUGUUCUCUAGCAACAUGAUUCCCGAUUUCGUACGAAAACUUCGUGCAAAAUCGAUAGGAGGGAUAGAGUUCGAGUUUGAAGGCUAUAUUGGGAACUACGAAACACGCUUUUCUAUUCAAUUUUAUAAACCUGGAAAGUCGAGCGAAAUCAAUCAAAGAUCAUCAGAUACUAUACUAAACUUGGUCCAAGCAAAAAUUAUGCAUCAGUCAUUGAAAUAUUUUAUGACGACUUUUGUCCCAAGAUACACAACCGAUUUUAGCUUGAAACACAAGAGCUUACAUAAUCAGUAUCAAUGCGAAAUAUCAAUUUCAAUGAAAUUACAGAACCAGUGCUAUAUUGAAAAUGAACUUUUGGCAAACGAACAGUCAGGUUUCAAAUGCAGUGUGAAUAAUUAUUUCUUUGGGCAAAUCAAAGAUGUUACCGAUAUAUUGAACCUAUUGCACUUCAGAUCUGCUCUCAGGGGAAGGAUUUCAGAUUUCGAUUAUUACCUACAAAUAAAUUAUACCAAUAUGAAAAACCAAAAUGGAAAUAGGAAAGUUAAUUUCCCAUCAGAAAGAAAAACAGACUGUCAUGAGAAAGUCAAACCCAAAUUGUUUACCGACACAUUAGAUUUGUUUGGAGUAAAAAAUACAACUGAGUUUGAAGUUUCUUUCGUGGGCGAAUUAGCUGAGCACAAAAUCAACGUUACAUUCAUGGCAUCUCGAGAAACACAUUUGGAACCAGUGAAUUAACAAUAAAUAUGAUCGGUUUCAUAACUGUCAAAUCAUCAUCAAUGCAAUUGAUAUUAAAAUAUAAUUUUCAAAAGGAACA